UGGAACAGUAAAUGAACUUGUUCAUAAAUGGAAAUUAAAUAAAUUAAUGGGUAAACAUGUUCGAACAUUAAUUGGUGAAGGAGCACCACCACCUUGGGUUCCAUUUGGUACUAAACAUACAUCAACGAAGAUAGUUGAUACUUCUAAACGUUCGAUGGAUGUAGCUAAAAUGCAACAAUCUAAUGAAGAAGAUCCAGAAUUUGUUCGUCAACGUCGUGCUGCUAUUGAUACUCUUCUUACUGAUCGAAUAUCAAAAGCACAAAGAUUUGCUAAUCAAAAUGCUAUCAAUGGUACAAAUUUAGCAAAAGGUUUUGAACAAGCAAAUCAACGAAUGGCAAAUGAAAGACCAAAAACAGCUUCAACUACUUCAUUAUCAAUUUCUAAUAAACCAAUGAAUAUGGCAGCAUCAACUGAAGCAAUUAAAGCUAAUAGUCGAUUACCAGAAUGGGCAAAAAAUCAGAUUGCAGAUGAAGAAAUUGAAAAUGAUAAACGGCGAGCACCAUCGGAUCGUAAACAAUUUUCUAAAAAUAAUUUUGAUGACGAUAAUCGAUCAAAACGAGGUGGUGGUGGUGGUGGUGGUUUUGGAGGACGUAAUCGACGAGGUCGAGGACGUGAUGAUGAUGAUGGAGGUGAAGAGACACGUCCGAGUAAAGAUGUUACUCUAUUUGAUUUUCUUGAAGCAAAAUCAAAAUCUACAACGCAAAAAGCUCCUUCAAAAACUCAAAAAAUUGAUUCAAAAUCAAGUCAAGGUGCUUCUGCUUCAAAUCAAUCAAAUAUAUCAAGUGCUGUUCAAAAACAAAUUUUUGAAUUUGAAAAUGGUGAUCAAGUAAUAGCUCGAUAUUAUGAAGAUAAUGAAUACUAUCCUGCUAUUAUAAUGAGUGUUAUGCAUGAUACUCAGAAAUGUGCAGUUAUGUUUGAAGGUUAUAAUUCUCAAGAGAUUGUUAGCUUCGAUGAUAUUGAACCAUAUGAAGCAGGAUAUUAUGAAGAUAAAGAAGGAGAAUAUGAACAAGAACAACAACCACCACCAACAUUAUCACAACGAAAUAAUCCUACUCCUCAAUAUCAACAAGAUCAAUCUGGUUAUGGUUAUUAUAAUCAACAACGAGAUAAUCAAAAUCGAAAUCGACCAAAUUCAAGUCGAGGUUAUUCACAACAACAGUAUUCUAAUCGAUAUAACAAUACUAAUUAUUAUUAA